GAAGAAAUAGCUUGAGUAUGUGGUGGGAAACAAUCUUUCAUAAGCCCUCCUGCUGAAAUCUUCAUAAAGUAUAAUGUCAAUGUGUUUCCUGUCUCCUCCCUCGGUCAAACUGUUGCUCAUAAGGAGGGGGGGCGUCAGGGGUGAGGGGUGAGGGCCUCUUAAAAUUCUUUCACUUCUUCAUCCAGCAGCUCAGUAGUUUUCUGUUCAUGACUUCAGUCGUGCGGUGUGAAUAUGUGUUCACUGGGUUUCGCCCGGUCUUUGGGUUUUGCUCUUGUACCUUUGGCCAUCUGCUGUAUUGUGGGUAAUGUCCUGCUCUUCUUCCCUGAUGCACAGGUGAUUUAUGUAAAGGAGAAUCAUGUGACUUCAUAUGUGUGGUACUUUAUGGGAAUCGGAGGAGGCGGUUUGGCUAUGUUGAUUCCAGCCUUUGUGUUUUUGGGAAUGGGUAAAUGUGCAAAAAGCUGCGGGACAGAGAGCUGUGCGAUGUGUGGUUCGGUGAUAGCAGCUCUUGUCGGAUUAGUUGGAUCCGGAUACUGUUUCCUGAUCUCUGCCAUAGCACUGUUGAAGGGGCCAAAUUGCUUUACCACGGCGAAGGGAUGGACGUCUCGCUUUGAGAACGAUGGUGGAAAGUAUCUGUUUGCCCCCGAUACGUGGUCUGAAUGUGAUCAGCCCAGACACAUAGUGGAGUGGAACGUGACGCUGUUGUCCAUCCUGUUGGGUCUCAGUACAUUUGAGUUUCUCAUCUGUCUCAUGCAGUUUACAAGUGGAUUGGUUAAUGCUGUCUGCAGACCCUGCUGCUAUAAGCAGGAAUAUAGCUUGAAUGCAUGAACAUAAAGACUACUUUUAGGUCUGUGAAUCACACGCGCAAGCACACACACACAUAUAAUAUAAAAAACAGUGAACGUUUCUGCUGUAUGUAUUAAGACAUUUUCAGCUAAAUCUAUAUUGUUAGCAGGUUUUCUGUAAAGAACUACUAUCAGUAUUAUUUGCAUAUAAAUUUAUUUUUAUUGAGUAUUGUUUGUUUUGUACACUAAGUUCUGUAAGUUAUUUUGUAAUUAUUGAAAGUAAUAGAAGAAAUGUUUUUUAAAAUGUCCCUAAUAGUUGUGUUAUGUUUAAACACACUUUUAAUGAAUAAAUGUCUCAUUUUAGAGUA